CUAUCACACACUCUCGGGAGCAGCGCUUUGACGCACCACGCAGAGUUGGAUUAUAGUAUUGCGCGCUGGUCUUUCAUGGGGCUCUUCUCCUCACUCACACUGCCUACACCCUUGCCACUGACCGGCAAUUGAUAUAUGAUCGGAAUCAAUAUCUCUCCACCACGGUGACCUCUGCUGAGCUUUUUGGGGACACCGAGCACUGUCGCUGCUCUCUCUCCGGACGCGUGUUGUGAAUUAAUAACCAAGACAGCCUCACCUGGAGUGCGGAGUGUGUGUGUGUGUGUGCACUGAAGUGUGUGUGAGAGUGUGUUUCUCUGGAUCACAUCAAGGAUCGAGGUGAUUCACUGGCUUGGUUCCGCACGCUCACGUAUACAUACACAGACACAACACACACCGGGGGGAUUUGGGCACCGCAUGCCGGGGACAUGUGGAAGUUUGCGCCGCUGUAGCGCAGCCAGAGAGCCGGUCCACCGCCUCGUCGACCUCCCCUCUUCCAGCCCAGGGGGACCAAAUUCCCGGUUCAUAGCCUUGACACAUCGAAAACCCCUCCAAGAAGACCCAAAUGUAAAUUCAGAACGAGAAAUUUCAGAAACACACGUCUGAAAAGGAGGACAGCGAAAAGGAGGACGGCAUCCCGUUGCGUGCAGAGUUUGGUGAGCUCUUUCGGGGGAUCUCGGGGCUUUUAUUUUUAACGCCCUUGUAUUUUUCUCAGUAUUUUGUGGGUCUCAUAUUGGCCCCCACUUGCCGCAGUGAUGGUGGGAGCUCUGAGCCCCGUUGGCCUUGGCCGCUCCCCGGCAACUGCGCUGGGGCUGCUGGUGGCUGUUCUGGUACUGGUCCUGUCCGGCGGAGCGGACGGCCAGCCCUGCCCAGCCCAGUGCUCCUGCACCGGGACUACAGUGGACUGUCACGGCCAAGGGCUCCGCAGCGUGCCCAGGAACAUACCUCGCAACGCGGAGCGACUGGAUCUGAAUGCAAACAACCUCACUAAAAUCACCAAGGCGGAUUUUGCAGGACUGAGACAUCUAAGAGUAUUGCAGCUAAUGGAGAAUAAAAUCACCACAAUCGAGAGAGGAGCCUUCCAGGACCUGAAGGAGCUGGAAAGACUUGAUCUCAGCGAGAACCAGAUUCAGGGGGUUCCAAGAAAAGCCUUCAGGGGAGCUGUGGAGAUCAAGAACCUCCAGUUGGACUACAACCACAUCAGCUGUAUAGAAGAUGGAGCUUUCCGAGCGCUACGUGACCUGGAAGUGCUCACCCUCAAUAACAACAACAUCAGCAGACUGUCUGUGGCCAGUUUCAACCACAUGCCGAAGCUCAGAACCUUUCGCCUGCACUCCAACAACCUGCAGUGUGACUGCCACGUGGCCUGGCUGUCAGAGUGGCUGCGACAGCGCCCCCGUCUGGGUCUUUACACGCAAUGCAUGGCCCCACCACACUUGAGGGGGCACAACGUGGCUGAGGUGCAGAAGAAGGAGUUUGUCUGCACAGGUCACCAGUCGUCAUCGUCUUCCUCCUGCAGUGUGUUACAGUGCCCAGAGUCCUGCACCUGCAGUAACAACAUCGUGGACUGCAGAGGGAAAGGACUAACAGAAAUACCCACCAACCUGCCUGAAACCAUUACUGAGAUACGACUGGAGCAGAACGCCAUCAAGGUGAUCCCAGCUGGGGCCUUUUCUCCUUAUAAGAAGCUGCGCAGAAUAGACUUGAGUAACAACCAGAUAUCGGAGUUAGCUUCGGACGCCUUCCAAGGUCUGCGCUCCCUCAACUCUCUGGUACUAUACGGGAACAAGAUCACAGAGAUUUCCAAAGGACUGUUUGAGGGAUUGUUUUCGCUGCAGCUAUUGUUACUGAAUGCUAAUAAGAUAGCGUGUCUCCGUGUGGAUGCAUUUCAGGACCUCCAUAACCUCAAUCUGCUUUCACUAUAUGACAACAAGCUCCAGACCAUCGCCAAGGGGACCUUCUCGUCACUAAGGGCCAUACAAACACUUCACCUAGCCCAAAACCCGUUUUUAUUGUGCUGCCAUCUGAAGUGGCUGGCAGACUACCUGCAGGACAAUCCCAUCGAGACAAGUGGUGCCCGCUGCACCAGCCCUCGACGGCUCGCCAACAAACGAAUUGGACAAAUCAAGAGCAAGAAAUUCCGCUGCUCAGCUAGAGAACAGUAUUUCAUCCCAGGUACCGAGGAUUACCGCAGUAAGCUAGGAGGGGACUGCUUCGCCGACUUGGCCUGCCCCGAGAAGUGCCGAUGCGAGGGCACCACAGUUGACUGCUCCAACCAGAAACUGACCAAAAUACCAGAUCACAUCCCCCAGUACACCGCAGAACUGCGUCUGAACAACAAUGAAUUCACUGUGCUCGAGGCGACGGGGAUCUUCAAAAAGUUGCCUCAGCUAAGGAAGAUUAACCUGAGUAAUAACCGUAUCACUGACAUUGAGGAGGGAACAUUUGAAGGAGCCUCAGGGGUCAAUGAGUUGAUUCUGACCUCCAACAGACUGGAAAACAUACACCACCGCAUGCUGAAGGGACUCGGUGGCCUCCGCACACUCAUGCUGAGGAGUAACCGAAUCAGCUGCGUCAGCAACAGCAGCUUCGUGGGGUUGAGCUCAGUGCGUCUCCUGUCUCUCUACGACAACCAGAUCACCUCCAUGAACCCCGGAGCCUUCGACACACUGCACUCCCUGUCCACACUCAACCUUCUGGCCAAUCCCUUCAACUGUAACUGUCACCUGGCUUGGCUCGGUGAUUGGCUGAGAAGGAAACGCAUCGUCACUGGUAACCCUCGCUGCCAGAGUCCUUAUUUCCUGAAGGAGAUCCCCAUCCAGGAUGUAGCUGUCCAGGACUUUGCCUGUGAAGAUGGUAAUGAUGAGAACAGCUGCUCUCCAGUGCUUAGGUGUCCAGCAGAGUGUUCGUGUCUGGACACUGUGGUCCGCUGCAGCAACAAGGGCCUCACCACGCUUCCCAAAGGCCUUCCCAAAGAGACCACUGAACUGUAUCUGGAUGGUAACCACUUUACUCAGGUUCCUGCGGAGCUCUCCGAUUACAAACACUUAACACUCAUUGAUUUGAGUAACAACCAGAUCAGCACGUUGUCCAACCACAGCCUCAGUAACAUGUCCGAGCUGCUUACCCUAAUCCUGAGCUACAACCGGCUGCGGUGCAUCCCAGUGAGGGCAUUCGAUGGGCUCAAGUCUCUCCGUUUGCUGUCUCUCCAUGGUAACGACAUAUCACUGAUACCAGAGGGAGCCUUCAAAGACCUGUCAUCUCUCUCCCACCUGGCUCUGGGUGCCAACCCUCUGUACUGUGACUGCCACAUGCAGUGGCUGUCAGACUGGGUGAAGAGCGGCUACAAGGAGCCUGGCAUUGCCCGCUGUGCUGGGCCCGGAGACAUGACCGACAAACUACUGCUUACUACGCCUUCCAAGAAGUUUACCUGCACAGGUCCAGUAGACAUGAGUAUCCAGGCUAAGUGUGAGCCCUGCCUGUCCAACCCCUGCAAGAACGAUGGCACCUGCUCCAAUGACCCGGUGCACUAUUACCGCUGCACCUGCCCCUAUGGAUUUAAGGGGCAGAACUGUGAGGAGCCCAUUCAUGCCUGUAUCAGUAACCCGUGCCACAAUGGCGGCACUUGCCACCUGAAGGAAGGAGAAGGGAGCAACUUUUGGUGUGUGUGUCCAGAGGGCUUUGAAGGCGACGGAUGUGAGAUCAACAUUGAUGACUGUGAAGAUAACGACUGUGAGAACAACUCCACCUGCGUUGAUGGAAUCAACAACUACACAUGCAUGUGCUCACCAGAGUACACAGGGGAGCUAUGUGAAGAGAAACUGGAUUUCUGUGCUCCAGAGCUGAACCCGUGUCAGCACGAUUCAAAGUGCAUUUUGACCCCUCAGGGAUACAACGGGCUAUUCUGCGAGUUCUCUCCCCCAAUGGUCCUUCCCCGCACCAGCCCCUGCGACAACCACGAGUGCCUCAACGGGGCGCAGUGCGUUAUCAUGGGAACAGACCCCCGCUGCCAGUGUCUCCACGGCUACGAGGGCGAGCGGUGCGAGACACUCGUCAGUGUCAACUUUGUCAACCGCGAGUCCUACCUACAACUUCCCUCCAGUCUCCUCUCACCGGAGACCAACAUCAGCCUACAGAUUGCUACAGAUGAGGACAGUGGCGUGUUGUUGUAUAAAGGGGACAAUGAUCACAUUGCCAUGGAGCUGUACAGGGGACGCCUCAGAGUCAGCUACGAUACCGGAUCUUACCCUCCUUCUGCUAUAUACAGUGUGGAGACAGUGAAUGAUGGCAGCUUCCAUGCUGUGGAGUUGGUUGCAUCAGACCAGACUCUGUCUCUGUCCAUCGACGGCGGGCCGCCCAAAUCCAUCAACUCCAUCAGCAAACAGUCCACACUCAACAUAGAUUCUCCACUUUACCUGGGAGGUAUGCCAGAACGUGCCUCAGCUUCCGGGGGUCUCUCGUCUCUUCAGCAUAGCUCAGGCGGACGCAACGGAACCAGCUUCCAUGGCUGCCUCCGUAACCUGUACAUCAACGGGAAGCUCCAGGACCUGGGAGCCGGGCUAGGGCCAGGGAGUCCAGGCUCUGGGACUGCACAGAGCACCACCAGACAGUGGCUGGGCCACGGGGUGGAGCCUGGCUGCCAGCCCUGCCAGAGAGGCGCCUGUGUCCAGGGUGACUGUCACCCAACAGGUCAUCGUGGCUUCACCUGCACCUGCCACCCAGGCUGGACGGGGACACUGUGUGACCAGCAAGUCAACAACCCCUGUGACGGCAACAAGUGUAUCCAUGGCACCUGCCUUCCAAUCAAUUCCUACUCCUACUCUUGUCGCUGCCAGCCUGGUUUUGCUGGCGUACUCUGUGAUGAGCAGGACCAGGAUGCAGCCAACCCCUGCAGUCUGUCUCGCUGUAAACAUGGCAAAUGUAGAGUGUCAGGCCUGGGCAAGGCAUACUGCGAGUGUAACAGCGGAUAUACAGGAGAGGCGUGCGACAGAGAGGUGGCCUGCCGAGGGGAACGGGUCCGAGAUGUCUACCAGAGACAGCAAGGCUAUGCGGCGUGCCAAACCCAGGAGAAGGUCUCCCGUCUAGAGUGUCGGGGCAGCUGCCCGGGGGGCGCAGAAGGACAGGACACCUGCUGCACCCCUCUCCGCAGCAAGCGCAGGAAAUACACCUUCCAGUGCACUGAUGGCUCUUCUUUUGUCCAAGAAGUGGAGAAAGUGGUCAAGUGCGGCUGUACAAAAUGUUCCUCAUAAAAAAAGAAAAAAGAGACAACAUCCUUGGCAGAUUUCCUCCCCUCCAGAUAUGUUUUAUGUUCCUGCCCGCCUUACUUGAUUACCAUCCCCCUUAUCCAAGGUCCCAAAUCCUCUUGAGAAACCCCCUCACCCUCCACAGUCCCACCCCACCAACCCUGUUUUUUAAAAACCCUUAAAAAAAGGCAAAAAAAACAAGAGAAACAACUAAAAAAGAGUUUCUUUUCUUGUCAGUGCUGGACUGAUGAUUGAUGCUUCCUCGGUGGGGAUGUUGAAUUGUAUUGUAAAGUACAAAAACAGACUUAUUUUUUAUUAUGAAGUGGAGAAAAAGACAAAAAAAAAAAAAACACAAGAGUUGACUUUUUCCUUACAUCUACUUCUUUUUGUUGGUCAUGAUGACUCCAAUGGUGUGCCACACUGUCUCUUCCCUGGAGGACUGACUGGUCGGUCACUGACGGCUGACCGCCUCCUGUAGACUUCCUGCUUCCUGUCUGUGAGUUGUGUGUUUUAGGAGUAACCUUAACUGGUAGUACCACAGACUCACCACUCGGAGGAGCUGCAUUAAGGCAUGGGAAACGGAGGGCAGUGAUAAGCCCGUACAACACAAGAAACCACCACUAUAGUCUGAGGUCUCCCUUAACAGGCCUCCUGAACCCUCUGAGACUGUGUGCACGAUCCUACACACAGCUGUGCUCAAACUUGUGGUAUUUUUUACAGCUACUGAACAACACAAACACACACACACACACACACAUACAAAUGCUCUCACUUGUAGAAGUUAUAAAUAUUACCUGCCAGGUUAAAUACACUACUCUCUGUUUAUCUACCCCCAGUCAUGAAUGACAAGUAUUUAUUGUAUCAUAAAUACCUGUACUUAUUCAGUAGAUCCCCUAUGUAUCAAUCUGAUUCUUUUAAUAUAUAUUAAUUUAUAUUUGUCCUUAUUUUUGUAUUAAAAAGACAUAAUCUGUCAAGAUAGCUGAACUAACAAAAUGGUGUCCUUUAUUUUGGUUGAAGAGAAGUUGUUUUUUUGAUCACUGAAACUAUUGUGCUUGCCAGAGACCUUAGUUACAUUUUAAUCUGCAAAUGUGACGUGAAGACAUUGUAUAUUUUUGUCGCGUUUCCUCAGAGUUUGUACUGUGCCAUUACCAGAAGGUCUUUAUAUUAGAGUAUAAAUGUAUAGAUAAUUUCCCUACCUAUGUAUUUCACACACAAAUCUUGUGAGUAGCAUUGACCCUAGAGGAUGCUUAGAACUGUUUUUACCUUUUUAACAAAUUUAUGCUUAAAGAAUACUGUGACUUUUUCUAAAUGAAACUACUUUGUUAGCCCCUUGAUCUCCGACGUUAACAUGUUGCUGCUAAGUUUUUGUACCGUAGACUUGGAUCCUGAUCUGUAUGUUAUAUAGAACUUCCUGCUCCUACUGUACAGGGGCACCUUGUGUAACAGAUAAAUAUGUCCCCCCACCUCUACACAUGUGCAUUGUGCUUUAUAUUCCCCCUCUUCUCCAUCCCCAGACUAAUGUCAGUUCCCUGACUGAUGUUUGUUUAUUAAACACAAUAUUUACCUCA